AUGAUAAAGAAUAUCCAAGGUACACGUGUAGGAAAAGCCGUUGGUCAUCGGGUGGUGGUUAAAUCGUUCUCCGGUGCCACCACCAAAGCUAUGAAGGAUUACCUUAAACCUAAUUUGGAGCUUUCACCGGACCAAGUAAUUCUGCAUGUGGGCACUAAUGAUCUCAAAAGUAAAGAACCACAACAAGUUGCCGGCUCAGUGGUAGAUCUCGCCAGACAAAUUGAAAACUCAUCCGAUGCCACAGUAAUUAUAUCUGAGCUCGUGCAAAGAAGAGACGGAUUCAAUGAAGCCGUGAAAACAGUUAAUAAACAACUGAAGUUCUACUGCAGGGUUCGAAAUUUACUUUUAUGUCCAGUUGCCCCUGGGACAACCACAAGACUUGGUUUGGUUGCCCAUAGAAUAUUUUGGUUGUCCAAGCUCUUGCCCCCAGUUCAAGCCAACCAUCGUCGAAACAAACAUGGCGGCAUCACGGAGCGGAUCUCACUAGUGCAUGGACUAUGUUUACUGGUACCAACCGCUGAUUAAAGCACAACAGGCUCAUUCAAAUAAGAAUGUUGGGCAAAAACGAACUUCGGUUUCCAACGGUAGUGUACGUGAUACUUUAGUAUUUCAACCGCGUUUUUUUCUUUCCACUAACUUACCGGUAGUUUAGGUAUCGCUUACUCUCCAAAGACAACAAGCUGUUAUAUUUAUUCAAAUCUAUCAAGUCUCCAUUAAGGACUAGUGCCACGAAAGAUUGGGUUGCCCAAGGGGCAACCACUUAGCACAAUUUGAUUGCCCCAUCGUAAUUUUCGUUGUCCGGGACAACCGGACAACCGUUAAUUUCGAACCCUGUACUGCCGGCAGAAUGGAUGGAAAUUUAUCCAGCAUCAAAACAUCUCCGAAAAGGAACUUAACAAGGGCGGACUACAUCUUAAUUUUAAAGGUAAUCAACAGUUUUUUAAGAACUUUCAGAUGAGUUUAGGUUGAAAUGAUGCGCUAUCCACCGAUGCCGUGCCUAUUCAAUGUACAAAACGCAAUACUGAGGAAUCUCAUGAGCCUACCUCAGUGUUGCCAUCUCAACGAGGUUUUAAAUUAGCCUCUUUAAAUAUCAAUAAAUUAAUCACACACAUAGAUCAACUUAGAAUUCUUCUAGCGCAUAACGAAAUAGAUAUUUUAUCGAUUAAUGAAACUAAGCUCAAUGAAACUAUUAGCGACCAUGAGGUCAACAUCUCUGGCUAUGAUAUAAUUCGACGUGAUAGAAUUACAAACGGUGGAGGAGGAGUGUGUUUCUAUGUGAAAAGUUCAAUAAAUUUUACCAUACGAAAUGAUUUAAACAUGGACACUCUUGAAAAUUAUGUCUGGAAAUUCAAAAACCUAGAUCUAAACCGUUUGUUGUUGCCACGUGGUAUAGACCACCUGAUUCUCCUAUUGGUAUUUUUUCACCUUUCGAAACUUUAA